AUGAGUCUGGCCUCUUACUUCACUCGGACGCUGGCAAUGCUUUCGUCCUUACGAUUUGGUACCAACUUCUCUGUCCUCCCUGGAUACUGUUCACAUUGGUUUGACUCCCCGAGAAAGAUUGAGGGAGACGGAUCUGUUCAGGCAUCGUCUUCUAACAAGGCUGAGACAGGCAAGUAUUCCGGUCAGGACAACAUCGCUGAAUCUCAGAUCUCGAGCCACUCGGGAUCGGCAUUCAUCACCGACAAGUCACAAGGAAUGGAAGUGUCUCAUGGCUCAGAUGUCACUGAUGGGAAAACUCUCUCCCAUUCUCUGGGCUUACACCAGGGAAGCACGGUUAGAUCAGUACAGUCCAUCUUGAAAGGACAUCAGCUGGGGAACAAUUCCCGCAGUCACGGGGACCUGCAUCUUGGUUUGUCUGUUGUUGCAACCGCUGUCGAACCCACCUGGGAAGGAAAGACGAAACUCGCAAUGGGUAAUAAACAUGUGCGUUUCGGAAAUACGGAUAUAAUCGUGAUCAAGCUGUCUGAAGAUCGAGAGGAUUGUUAUGAUGAUAGCGAGGAAGCUACUGUAGAGAAAAGAUAG